AUGACUUCCUUCAUCACCACCGUGAAUCAACGUACACGAAACCAAUUUCGACCACGAAAUGCGCAAAAAGGCACAACGAGCUACCAAUUGCGACAAUAUGCCGAAGCAACACUUGGGGGUGGUAGUUUGAGGAAGGUGGUCAAAUUGCCAGAAGGUGAAGACGAGAAUGAGUGGCUUGCAGUCAAUAUGGUGGACUUUUAUAACCAUAUAAAUCUACUUUACGGUUCAAUUACAGAGUUUUGCUCUCCACAAUCGUGCCCUGAAAUGAAGGCUACGGAUGAGUUCGAAUAUCUUUGGCAAGAUAAUGAGAAUUUCAAACGACCAACCAAAAUGCCUGCGCCAACUUAUAUUGAACAUUUGAUGGCCUGGGUUCAAGCCAGUAUUGACAAUGAAACCGUCUUCCCAAGCAGAAUUGGUGUCCCCUUUCCAAAAGGCUUCUCAACCAUGAUCAAACAAGUUUUCAAGAGAAUGUACCGCGUCUAUGCCCAUAUCUACUGUCAUCAUUACCCUGUCAUUCGUGAGCUUGGGUUAGAGGCCCAUCUCAAUACAAGCUUCAAACAUUAUGUUCUCUUCAUUGAUGAACACGAUCUUGCAAGCGGCAAAGACUUUUGGGGACCUCUAGGUGAUCUGGUCGACAGUAUGCUUAGGACUGAUUAG